AUGCUACUGCCAGUGCGCGUCGCUCGGCACGGCUGUUUCAACAAGAAGUGCGCCCGGCCACCGCUAGAUGUCCGCGCUGUCACAGCCGCCGAGCGUAUAACAAUCGAAAGGCGCAGUGCGAAGAGAGCAUGCGCGCCGCUGGGCCCGGCUGUGUUUGUUGUCAGAAGGGAAAGGUGUCGCGUCGUGUGGGGAGGGUUGACAGUAACGGGCAGAACGGCGCUGUCGCGUAGUAGCAAGGAGGCGGAGCGGCGCUGGUGGAUCCUGAGGAAGGGCGGCGGGCCCUGCUCGUGCCGGCAGCCAUGCGUCGAGCCUAGCGCAAAAGGCGAGCGCACGCAGCGUCGCGUUUGCAUGUGCGCCAAGUCGGCGCAGCCGGUCGCCUCGGCGGGCCCCCGAUCCGUGCUGGGCAGGGUGUCGCGCUGCGUCGUCGCGCUCAUGUUCUGCUUCUCCAACACGUUCCGCCGCGGCGCCGCCGCCGGCGGGCUGGACGGGGGCGGCGACCGGCGCGGGGGCGGCAGCCAGCGCGAGUCGCAGGCGGCGCUGACGGAGGCGGAGGAGCGGCCCCCCAGCUGCGGGGGCGGCGACUCCCCGCGCAGCGACGCCAGCGGCCGCAGCGGCCCGCCGUCGACGCCGCCCGCGCGGGCGUCGUCCUCGGCCUGCGGCGACGACGACGAAGGCGACGACGCCGGGGCGUCCCCGUCGUGCUCGUCGUCCGAUUCGCGGUCUCCGUCGCCGCCGCUGUCGCCGGUCGCACAGACGACGCUGCCGCCGCCCCUUAUGAAGGCGGCGUCGAGUCCCGCGUUAGCCGGAGCCGCGCCGAGCGCUGCGGCCGCCGGUCCGCGGUUCAAGUUGGUGCGCGAGGGCGACCUGCAGGUGUGCUACCUCAACCACACGCGCACCGUCAUCAGCAAGAUCCUCAGCUCCAAGUUCCUGCGUCGCUGGGAGACGCACCACCUGUACCUCAACGACUCGUGCAUCACUUCCAAAACGCCGACGGGCUUCAUGGAGGCGUCCGUGCCGUACUCCAGCAUGGAGGAGGUGUACGUGGUGGCUCGCUGGGACGCCGGCCACAAGUUCUGCAUCCGCAUCGUGGUCGCCGACGGCUCUUUGCUACUGCAGGCGAACAACGCGUACACUCGUGACCAGUGGUUGCAUUCCAUACUGUGGAAGAAAAACAUGUUCAAAUAUCGGAACAUUCUGAAGAAAUCCACGCGACCCGAAGUUAUCCUCAAGGAGCUGAAGGCCCUGGUGGACUUCACGAUCAACACUCCGCUACAGGACGAAUGUGUCACCGGCGUGCCUAUCGAAAUCGCGUCCCGCCUCAUCGAACAGGACGAAGACUCGUGGCAGUCGCGGACGGGCCGCGAGGCGCUGCUGUCGACGCUGUCGCCGCUGCUGGAGAACGCGCCGCCGCCGGCGCAGCUGUGCCGCUUCUUCUCGCAGCACUGCGACCUGCACCCCCGCUCGCCCGCCGUCUCCGACCACCUCACGCCCGUCGUCCGCCGCAUCCUCAAACACAACGUGGAUUUCGGUAAAUCUCCACAUAUGAGGAAGCUCGUACAGGACUACCUCCGCGCGCUGUAUUCGCAGAACGCCUGUGAAGAUGCCAUCAACAGGUUUGUUGCCAGUGUACAUGGGGCAAAUUCUGGCUGCCCACAUCCUCGUGUGCUGCCUAAUCUUGUAUCCGUGUGCCUGGCUGCAGUUUUUGCCCACUUUGAGGCUCGCCGUAAUGGUGUACCACAACCAGCUGAUGAUCAACAACUUACCUGCUGCCUUGCCAUCUUUCUCGCUGUCUCUGAAUAUGAUGACUGGAGGCCUGGUCUGGCACAACUAUUGCAGCCCAUCCCUUUCCCUGAAGAUGCCUUGAGAUGUGAACCAUUCACCAGGAAUUUCAUGCCGGUCAUCAAGAGGAUUGGAACAGAUACCCGAUGUGAAGUUCAUCAAAUGGUUCUUGGAAUUCGAGAGGGGAAAGAGGGCUGGUUUCAUAUCUAUUGCCCUUCAAACACAGUCUGUGCUGAUGAAGGCGAGCUAUGGUGCCUCAUGUUGCAGACAUUGCUCCAGUGCUGUUGCCGUCGAAAAAGGUUUAUUUCACAAUUAGCGAAGCAACUGGAAGCAUGCCUGCUUUUGGCCUUGCGUGACCAGGGCCCUGCCCAGGAGGCACUUUGCCUUAUGCUUGAGUGGCAUCUGUUGGAAACUGAAGACCAAAGGAUGCAAGCCGUCACAACUUUGCAGAGUACUGCCUCAGGUCGACAGCACUAUGCUGCUCUUUGUCAGCGCCAAAAACAUUUGAGAGAAUUGCAACAAAAAGGUGGACCAAGGAAGCUAACAUUACCAAGCAGGUCAACGGAUGCUGACAUUGCUCAGCUGUUGAGCUGUGGCUCAUUCGGAAACCUUGAAUGCCUAAGUUUGGCAUUUACACAUGUGACAAGUGCCUGUGCUGAACAGCUAAUCAAGCUGCCAGCCCUCAGAUACCUCAACCUCUGGGCCACACAGUUUGGUGACUCAGGUCUGCUGAUGAUAUCAGAACAUUUACACAAAUUACAAGUACUAAACCUCUGUGAGACCCAAGUAUCAGACAAAGGAAUAUCUGCUCUUUGCUCCAUGACAAAUCUUCGUAAACUAAAUCUGAACAGCACCAAGCUCAGUGCACAGACUUUUGAGAGAUUAAAACAGAAGCUACCAGCUUUGCAAGAAUUUGAUGUGCGCUACACAGAAGCUUGGUAAUGGAGUGAUUGCCUUAAGAGACUGUAUAAAUUUGUAAAAACAAACAUAAAAUAAAAAGCCAAAGUUAAAUAUAGAUUAAAAUUAGAGAUGGUGAACGAAGAACUGUGUUCAUUCUUUUUAUCAUGAAUUAGGUUUUGAUACUUUAAUAAUCUAUGUGACAUGUACAUUGCAUUCGUAAGCAAAUAUAUAGGCCAAAAAGUAAUGUCUGCAGUUAGAGAGUGAUAUAACAUGCUCUAUAUGAAGAAUUUUUGGAUAAGAGGAACAGUGAGCACUUAGUUUAGCUACAAAUGGAUCAGAAACCACAUUUAUUUAAAUGAGUGUAUAAAUCCAUAAAAUAAUUUAUUUAAUUAUUAUCACAUAUUUAUACUGAGUUCAAAAAUUGCAACAGUACUAGAGGCCUAGGGAAAUAUGAUUCUAGCUUGACUGUCAGUUUGAUAAGCCUGAGUAGUUUAUAAAUGAAGUGUUUUGUACACAGAGAAUUUUGUUACAUAAGAAAUUAUGAAAACUUUAUUGUUCUGUCUUAAAUAUCUGUGAUGUUUAAGCCCUACUCUACAAACAGCACGACAACAGAGUAAGAGAUUUUUAUUUAUUUUUGUAUGUUUUGUACUUCCCAGAUCAGAUAAAAUAAACCAAACAAAUACUGAGAAAGGAAUUUAAGUCUAUAACAUAUUUAGCAUUUAUGCAGCUUAAUGUGUAACCCCUGAAUGAGCAUGUAAAUUAGAAAUGUAUCCUAAUGUAUUUACAAUUUUAAUCACUUUUUAAGUUUACACAGAUCAAAAUCUUGGAUAGCAAAAGCUGCUGCUUUUCAAUUCCACAGCCAACAGGUAAUCUGUUAGCAGACAUCGACAGGCAGUGGAAAGAAGAAUUAUGCUCAGUAUUACAUAUUUGUAACCACCUGGUAGAACUGUAUGAAAUGACAUCUGCAAAUCGUCCUGAACCUUUCCCUAUGUCAAAAGCUAUACACAGCAUCUGCAGGUGGCAUUUGAACUUGAUGUGGAUUAUCUCUUCAGAAUAGUUAAUUAUAAUAUGCAACUAUUACAGUCAUAAGCUCCCCUCUACCAGUUGCUUGUGGAUUGUCUUAUGAACAUGUGAAAUAGAUGUUGGGAAAAAUAUCAGGAAACAGCACAGCAUUUGCUCUAAAAGAUGUAAGAAAUUAUUCAAAAAUCACAUCUACUACAAUUUGUUUUGCUACCUCAAAAGGUUAAGCGCAUGUUCCUGGUACUGUAAAGCGUGACCUUAUGUUAACUAUGAUUGUUGACAGCUGGGAUGUACCACAACUGUUUUUUAAACUAUGUAUUCCAUGAAAAUUUUCAGUCAAGUGAUUAG